GCGAUCACAGUGAUAGAAAUACGAGGAGUGACCAGUGGUGCUUUGGUGAACAGAUGGAAAAUAUCACUUGAAGAGUGACGAAGCAUAACAUGCGGUCACUGCAAGGCAGUACUUGGUAACCUUAUAUAUUCUCUACCCCACAGCCCCUUGCGCGCUAAAGUACUCUCCCGCUUUUUCUUCUUUUUCUUGUCCAAGUCCCAGCAAUGCGAGACAAUACUGCAGCCUCUCGCAAGUUCAUCGAUCUCAUUCGUCAAGCCUCGUCCAAGUGGGCUAAUUGGGACCCGCCAAUUGAGAUCAAGGUGGGGGACUAUGGGACGAUCGAGCAUGACAGUGGAGAGCUCGACGUGGAAGGGAAUAUCUACGAUAAAACAUUCCAAACCUCGCUGGACAAUCAAGGCUUACAGCUCAACUUAUCUGACGCAUCAUGUCAGCCACGGAAGGGUGGAAUCGACGACAACAUAAUUAUGUCCUCUUCGGGUGUCAAACAAGGGGAUUUCUCGCUGAAUCCAGAAGUCUCCUUUCUCAACCUGGCCUCUGCUGCUGUCAAGGCCGAAUUUAAGUUUCAAGAAGGCAAGCGAGGCGCCGUCCUCGUAAUGCACAAGCCCCAGCAGGUAUAUAUUCCACCCGGCAAGGUGCUGUCUACUAUCCACAAGGCAAACGAGCUGCAAGACAAGUAUCUUGUCACCAGCACGUUCACGUGCCCAGGAUAUUAUAUCUAUUUAUCUAACAAGUCCGGAGAGAGGAUAGCACUGGCGCUAACCGCUAGUGCACCGAUUCCAGCUGCAGCAGGCAUAACUGCUGGCGGAACAGUCUCUAUGGAUUGGUGGACUGAUGCUCAAGCAGCAUUCCUCCGAAAAGCGGUUGACAAGGCUGGACAUUACCGCUACACGCCACUGUACAGCCUGAAGCACAAACAAAAUCCUUUUUUGUUUUCGCGAAUUUUCCGCGGGGAAGAAGGAGAGGAAACAGAAGACGAUUUGUGGCUUGACUGUACGCCACCGUGGCAGCCUCUUGAUGAAGAUGGAGACGAAGAUCCAGUGUGGGAGGAUGUACGCCAAGUUUUGCUCACUCCCUCUAAUGCUUUGGCUCAUGAUUUAUCAGAUGGAUGA